AUGUGUCUCCAGACCAACUUCAAAGAAGGCACAUUGUCACUGAGCCAUGCCUUCCUGAGGUGGCCCUUAGUACCGAACAACUCCUUGCCAGCCGAUCGUGCUCUCUCUGGCCAAAAGAAUGAGAUCAACUCGAGGCUGAGCCGAACCUCGCUCUCCCGUUGUACGGCCGGGCGAUCAGCUGGCCCCUUUCGCCGCGCCGUCCCAACUAACCGUCUCAACCCAUCCCGAGCUCAUAUUGACAAGGCCUCUGUCAACUGA